GAUGAUUUCGCCAUCCGUGUCCGGCCCAAAGAGAGGUAAGAAAAAGGGGGGCUAGAGCGCACGUCGCUAACAGCCAGCUGGGGCUUCGCGCGAACAGCCGCCGGGCUCAACGUGACCGAGCCGUGCUCGACCGGCAUCGGUGGCGACAUGUUCUGCCUAUUCUACAACGCGACGGCCAAGAAGGUGUCGGCGCUCAACGGAUCUGGCCGCUCCGGCAGCAAGUACACGCUCGAGGCGAUCCGUAGCGCGCUCGGCCUCAAGCCCGGCGAGCGCGGCCGCAUUCCCAUGAAUAGCGUCCAUGCCGUCUCCGUGCCUGGCGCCGCCGCCGGCUGGGUCGACACCGUCGAGCGCUUCGGCAGCGGCAAGCUCUCCCUCGCUCAGAUCCUCGCCCCCGCGAUACGCCUCGCUGAGGAAGGGUUCCCCGUCUCUGAGGGCGUCGCAUACUUUUGGGACAAGUCAGAGGCGCAGAUCCGGGGGGCGUCGCUGAACGGGGCCGAGAUGCUGAAGAAGGACCCUGGGGCUACGGGUGGGGCGCGGGCCCCGCGUGCCGGCGAGAUCAUGAAGAAUCCGACGCUCGCGCGGACAUUCCGCACGCUGGCCGCCGAGGGCAAGAAGGGGUUCUACGCGGGGCGCGUGGCCGAGGAGCUAGUCAAAGUGGUCCGUGACCUCGGGGGCCUGCUCGAGCUCGACGACCUUGCGCACCACCUCGCGACUGGCAGCGAGCCUGUCGACGCCAUCUCGCUUCAGUUCCGCGGUCAGAACGUCGCGCAGCUGUUCAAAGACACGGUCCUGCGCGAUGGCGGGGCCGGUGGCGACGAGAAGCUGGACCUCGGCAUCGAGCUCUGGGAGCACCCACCUAACGGCCAGGGCAUCGUCGCGCUUCUGGCGCUCGGGAUCCUCGAGGCGCUCGAGGCGGCCGGGCGCAUCCCGACUUGGACCCCCGCUGACUUCAACACGGCGCCGUACCUGCACGCGGUCAUCGAGGCACUACGUAUCGCGUUCGCCGACGCGAGCUGGUUCGUGGCCGACCCUAACGUGGAGGCGGUGCCGUCAGCGGAGCUGCUAUCGCGCGAGUACCUGGCGCAGCGGGCGGCGCUCUUCGACCCGGGGCACGCCGCAGCGCUAGGCACGCUGCCGCACGGGUCGCCCGCCCUGCGCAGCAGCGACACCGUAUACCUCGCGGUGGCUGAUGCUGGGGGCAACGCCAUCUCCUUCAUCAAUAGCAACUAUGGCGGGUUCGGCACCUGCAUCGUGCCGCAGGGGUGUGGCUUCACGUUGCAGAACCGGGCGGCUAACUUCACCCUCGAGGAGGACGACGGUGCGGGCGCACGGCCGCCCAACGUACUCGCGCCCCGCAAGCGGCCCUACCACACCAUCAUCCCCGCGGCCGCGACCAACCUGCACGAUGGCAGCCUGCACAGCGUCUUCGGCGUCAUGGGCGGCUUCAUGCAACCGCAAGGCCACGUACAGGUGCUGCUGGGGCAGGUGGUUGGGCGGCUGAGCCCGCAGCAGGCGCUGGACGCGCCGCGCGUGUGCCUCGGCGGCGUGGGCGGCGCGUCGUGGCUGACGGGCGCGGACGACGGCGCGGCCGGCGCCUGGCCCGUGUACGUCGAGGAGGGCAUGCCGGCGGAGACGGUCGAGGGCCUGCGCGCGCUCGGCCACGACGUGCGGCUCGUUGCCGACAUGGAGCGCGCCAUGUUCGGCCGUGGCCAGAUCAUCCGCUGGAGCGUCGACCCGCUCGACAGCGUUGGCGUCUGGUCCGCCGGCAGCGAUCCCCGCGGCGACGGCGCCGCGUACCCGUUGUAGCCUGAGGGGAGGGGGGGGGGGCUCUUGCGCAGGCGCGAGGCCGUGAUGUCUCGAUGCUAGGGAGAGAGACGUGAAGGGAAAGGCUGCCGGGGUGAGAACGGCGACAUCCUUAUCUUACGUAGCCACGCGAUGUCUAACUUUUGUUACCGCCAUAAAUAAAGCGACUACGACCCCUGUCUCGAGACGGAAGUAUGUCAAUUUCUCCUUUUUAUUGUACGAGCCAGUCAUCGGAUUGUAGGAACUAUGCACCCCUUUGUAUAUUGACUGCGUAUUCACCACUCGUUGCUAUCGUAAGAGCAUGUUUCGCAUGCUGCUAGGUGAUGAAUGCCCG